AUGUCCUCGGCAACCAUCGAAAACCAGCCUCCCGCGGCCACGACGGAAUCCAAGUCGGCACGCAAGAAGAAGGCCAAAGCCGACGCAGGCCAGCAAACAGCCAUCCCCGAGACACCAGUACAAGAAGGCUCCGAUCCAGCCGACAGCAAUGGCAAUGGCAAUGGCGCCUACGAGCAUCCCCACCUCAAGGAGAUGCAGAAGCAGAUCCGCACCAUCAACAAACGCCUCGCCGGUCUGCAGAAGACGGAUGCAGUCAUCAGCGAGAAUGCCGGCGUGUCACUGGAUGAUCUGGUCAAGCAACGCAAGAUCAACCCGGAUCAGAAAGCAGCGGCCGAGAAGAAGCCACAACUCCAAUCCCAGGUCCAGCACGACGAGGAGCAGGUCAAGGUCUUCCGCAGUGUAGAUCACGACUAUCAAACCCAACUCACCAAGCAAAAAGACGACCUCACCUCGCAUCACCAGAAGGAGCUGGAGAAGGCACGUGAGGAGGCUAAAAUGUCCGCAACAUCCACUUCCGCGUCUGACCUGAGGAAGAAGCUGCUCAUCUUCUCUCAAUUCCUGCGUACAGCUGCAGCGAAGAGGAACGUAGAGGAUACUUCUGACCCGGCGGAGAAUGAUGCGUUCGAGGGCGCUUUGUUGUUGGCGUAUGGGGGUGAUGAGAAGGCUGUCGAUGCUGCGGUGGCAAUUAUUGAGGGGAGUGAUGAGUUGGUGCCUAGUAUUGAGGGCGUUCCGUCGUCUGUCAAGUACUCCCAGAUUCGCCAAGCAUCGACCGAGAACACGCCCUUCCAGAGUGAGGAGGCAUGGGUAGACUCCGUAGCUGAAGCAAACGCAGCCACUGGCGAGACCCAAGCCGCUCAAGAGGCAGCAACGGAUGCUAUGCCUGCUGGCUCCGACCCAACACUCGUCAACGCCGGCCUGACUGAGCUCGAGGCACCCGACAGCGCCCAUGUCAAUGGUGUAACAGCCACCGAGCACGACUCCACCGCCAUCCAAACGUCGGCAGGCGACGAAGGCGGCAACCAGGCAGGUGAUCGUUGGGACACAGGUGCUGGCGGCGCGCAAGCCGAAGGCCUGGAGGAUGAGAGCUACGAGAUCGUGCCACGACCAAAUGAGGAAGUGGACAUCCCAGCUCCCUCCGCACCCUCCGCUGCACCUGCUGCCGGUACCGCGGUCGACGGACUGCUCAAAGAAGAGAAGACAAGCUGGGCAGAUGAAGCGAACGCCGCAUCUUCGACCACAAACACCGAAGCUACCGGCAACCGAGCAGGUGAGGCAUGGAACACCAAGGCAGCUGGUCAGACCCAAAGCACGGAUGAUGCAUGGGGCACGCCAGCCCCCGCGAACGUCAACGGCGCCACGGACGGCACUCCCGCGGCCGCCGAGGAUGGUUUCCAGGAAAUCAAUCGUCAUCAGGGACGUGGUGGGCACGGUGGCCGUGGGGACUUCCGAGGCCGUGGACGUGGUCGAGGCGGACCACGCGGAGACUUCAGAGGAGGACGUGGUGGACGAGGGGAAUUCAGGGGUGGAGACCGUGGACGUGGCGAUGGCGAGGGCAGGGGUCGUGGUGGAAGGGGUAGGGGAGGCCCAGCACCCCCUCGUGGCUGA